AUGGGAUUUAGCCUCAGAUCAAAAUUACGAUUUCGCGGGCCUGCUUACAUAGGAUCCAAUAAUCUGUGUUCGAGGAAUCUUGCCAACAUGAAAUCCUCUGAUGGUUUUCCCAUAUCCAACUUAUUCUCAUACUUACUCUUCCCAUUAUGUUCCUUAGUAUUCCAAAUAUGUGUAAAAAAAAAAACUGCAAAUUCUCGUCUGAUCAUCAGGACAAGAACACUCUUCGGAAUCUCCCUCUCUCUCAUCAUCAUCAACAUGGCUUCAAUCAUGGAGCGCGCGGACGAGAACCUCCUCCCUGCCGUCUACAAAGAAGUCAGCGAAGCCUUCUCAGCUGGGCCCGCAGAUCUCGGUUAUCUCACGUUCACGCGCAAUUUCGUGCAAGGCCUCUCGUCCCCACUUGCCGGCGUUCUAGCAAUAAACUACGACAGGCCCACAGUACUCGCAAUCGGCAUCUUCUGCUGGGCCCUUUCAACUGCGGCUGUGGGGGCCAGCAGGUUUUUCGUCCAGGUGGCGUUUUGGCGGGCUGUGAACGGGUUCGGGCUGGCUAUUGUGAUCCCGGCCCUUCAGUCUUUUAUUGCGGAUAGUUACAAGGAUGGAGUGAGGGGGGCUGGGUUCGGGUUUUUGAAUCUGGUGGGGACUGUGGGAGGUAUUGGGGGUGGGGCCAUUGCUACUGUGAUGGCGGGAUAUGAUUUUUUGGGCGUGCCAGGCUGGCGGUGCGCGUUUGGGAUGAUGGGGGCUUUGAGUUGUUUGAUUGGGUUUCUUGUUUUUCAGUUUGUGGUUGACCCGAGGAGGAUUGGUGGCGGCGGUGGCCAUGAUACGGGGAAGNAUGGCUGUCUGGGUUGUAUAUGGGAGAAUUUGGUAGAAAAUAAGAGUACAAGAACCACAACAACAAUAUGGUACGAGUCCUGGACAGCCAUGAAAACCGUGAUCAAAGUCCCGACCUUUCAGUUCAUCGUCUUACAGGGCCUCGUCGGCUCCGUGCCGUGGACAGCCAUCGUCUUCAUCACCCUAUGGUUCGAAUUAAUCGGUUUCGACCACAACAGCUCUGCCACCCUAGUCGGCCUAUUCGCAGCCGGGUGCGCCAUCGGUUCCUUCCUCGGCGGCGUAAUCGCAGACCGUUUAUCCCGAAAAUACCCUCACUCAGGACGCAUAAUGUGCGCACAAUUCAGCGCAUCAAUGGGCAUCCCAUUCUCGCUAAUCCUCCUUCGAGCCAUCCCCCAACAAAUCUCCAGCUACAACACUUAUGCUGUCACUCUCUUCCUAAUGGGCAUCACCAUAAGCUGGUGCGCCACAGCCACAAACGGGCCAAUGUUCGCUGAGGUGGUCCCUGCUGGCCACCGAACCAUGAUCUACGCCUUUGACCGAGCCUUCGAGGUCUCGUUCUCCUCGUUUGCUGCACCAAUUGUGGGGAUUCUUUCGGAGAAGAUGUAUGGGUAUGAUACUAAGACGGUGGACCCUGUGCUUGGGUCGGCUAGGGAGGCUAUGGCGCUGUCGAGGGGACUGCUGGCUAUGAUGGUUGUACCGUUUGGGCUGUGCGCGCUGUUUUACACGCCGCUGUACUGGACGUUCAAGCAGGACAGAGAGAAUGCGAGGGUGGCGGCGUUGAAGGAGGCCGAGAUGCUAUGA